UGCACACAUUGUAUGCCACAAUACACCCUAAAAGUGAUGCUUUAGUAGCUAUUGGACAGUUUCAAUGCAAACUUAAGACCCUUUUGGCCUCUGUUUUAUACCUGUUUUACUUGAUUUGCCUCUUUUCUGAUGUUUUAGCUUAGAUUUGAAUUUGUCUAGUUGUCUUAGUCGAUUUUUCUUAUUUCUGUGUGCGUUGGAGCAGGAUGGAGGCUGUGGCAGUGUGUGUAUGAGCCAUGGCGUCUACAUUGUCGCAGUGGUUUCGUAGCCUUCGUGUGAAGUUGCUGCAACGUUAUGAGCACCAGCCUUUCGUGUCAUGUUUGGCUGGUUUGUACGGCUGCCAGUGGAAACACUACAAGAGGAGUCAGCCUGAGGGCUGCUGCUGCAACAAGUUGGAGGGUGCCAGCUUUGCUGUGCUUGUGGCGGCUUUCUGCUUGACGCUGCUGUUCCUCUACUUCUGGGGACAAGCCAAGAAUGACUACAAUGACUUUGACUGGUUUAACUUCGGGAACCUGGGCUUCUGGUUCCCGUGGUCUGUGGUGCUGCUGGCUGUCGCUGUGGUCUUCUUCACCUACGUCACAGUGCUUGUGCUGCUGGCUGUGUGCUUGCUGUCAGAGGGCCAGAAGCUUUAUUUACACUGGAGCCACAAGAUCGGGAUCCUGGUGAGCCUGACGGUCUCCAUCAUCGCCAUGGCCGUCUUGUCCAACCUGUGGAGUAAAGAAUGGAGGACGCUGCUGCUGUCCUUCCAGGUAACAGCACCUUUCUUACAUGUGGGCGGAGUCUUACUGAUGACAUCACUGGCUUGGCCUGUUGCUUUGCAUUUCUUUCGCAUGAAAAGCACGGUACGGCGAGGCCUGAUCAUGGCCGUGUACCUGACCGUCCUGUUGUCCCUCUACUUGAUUCCCCUCGGGUUGUAUUCUCCUUGUAUCAAAGAGAAGGGAACCCUGGGCCCUGCACCGGCUCUCAUUGGCCACAGAGGAGCCCCUAUGCUCGCUCCAGAAAACACCCUGAUGUCCUUUGAGAAGGCGGUGGAGGCUGGGUGUGACGGUCUGGAGACGGAUGUCACCAUCAGUUUUGAUGGAGUGCCUUUUCUGAUGCAUGACUACACUCUGCAGCGGACGACCAACAUCCAUGAAGUUUUCCCAAACCGGACCAAUACUCCAGCUGCCAGGUUUACCUGGAACGAGCUGGAGAGCCUGAACGCUGGGGACUGGUUCCUGUCUCACAACCCAUUUGGCACGGCUGGCUCUCUGAACGCAGACGACCGACAGCGAGCUGGAAACCAGUCGGUCUGUAGCCUGCAGGCCUUCCUCCAGCUGGCAGCUCAGACGGGCAAACUCGUGAUCUUCGACCUCUAUCGGCCACCCAGAGAUCACCCUUUCAGAGACACCUGGAUCCAGCGCACGCUCGAGGUCAUCCAGAACGAAUCAUCCAUCCAUUCCUCACAGGUGCUUUGGCUGCCAUCAAAUCUCAGAGCUCUGGUCCAGGAACUCGAUCCUGAGCUCCAGCAGACUUCAGGCAGUCGGCUCCCUCUAGAGGAGCUCCAGAGUAACCACAUCGUCAAACUCAACCUGGACUACACUUCCAUGUCUGCUGAGCUCAUCAGGGAGUACACUGCAGUAAACAUCACCACAAACUUGUAUGUGAUCAGCCAGCCGUGGCUCUACUCUCUAGCCUGGUGUGCUGGAGUGCAUUCAGUCACCACUAACGCCCCCCAGCUGCUCAGCACCAUCAGUUCCCCUUUGUUUAUCAUGAGUCCCGAUGAGUAUAAACUGAUGUGGAUUCUUACUGAUCUGAUGUCCUUUGUGCUGAUCCUCCUUAUCUUCUUCUUCCACAGAUGGAGAGAGAGAGAACUGGCCUUCUGCACGGGCAGCAGGAUCAAGUUGGAAGGUGGCACUUACAGCAAAUUUAAAAAGGAGCUGAGUGAUAUCUGGUCGGUCUCCAGUGGGAACUCGGCAGCGGAAAGGAUGCCAAGCCUGGCGGCCGUAACAGAGCACUAAUGUCUGCUGAGCCUUCGAAGCCCAAUCACACACUGCCAACCUCGAAAAACUUCUGUGUCUUAAUGAAUUAAAGUGUCUGAAACAA